AUGAUGGUUGAAGAUGAAGAUGAUGAAGAGGUCAUUCUCGAUAAAAGAACGUUAUUUCAGCCCAAUUCCGAUUCAUCAUCGCCUAUUGGUGGUGUAAAUCGAUUUAAUAUCAAAGUCUAUGAAGAAGUAAAAUUAUCGAAAGUGCAAACGGCAUUAUUGGGUGCAACAUGCGUGUCAAUCGGAAUUUUUGCUGGUAUUCUUGGACCAACAUUUGUAUUUUUUGCUAAUAAAAUUCAGACCGAUGUUGCUGCCAUCAUAUGGUUGAUAUCAAUGAAAGCUAGUGGUUUUUUUAUUGGAACAUUACUCAGCGUUUAUCUUUACGACUGGUUUAAUACAUGUUGUUUGCUGGGAUUGUCGUGUUUAUCGAUUAGUUUUGGUGUUUGUGCAUUGCCCAUGAUAACGGAUUUAGCAACAUUUUAUUUGACUGCACUUAUACUAGGCGUUGGACUUGCUAUUUCGAACAAUGGAAUUGAUACGUUGUACAAUCGAUUGUGGACAAGACGAUCGUUAACGCCUGUUCGAUGGUUACAUUUGUUAUUAGCUCUUGGUGCAGUUUUAUCGACACUCUUAUUAGUACCGACGUCACUAAACAAUGAUAAACUGGCUAUUAUUAGUAAUAAUACGAAAAAAGAACAAAUAGACAUUGGUCGUCCUCGACGACAAGAACAUAAGACGGUAUCAUUUGCUGAUAAAUUAGCAGACAUGACCAUCGAUGAUCCAUUGUACGAAACGCAUUAUUCAAUCUCAAAUACGUCAUUAUUAACAAUUGAUUUUAACUCUUCUUUGCUAAUCACAAAAAGCAUCACCACAACAACGGCACCAUCGCAUCCCCCAAAGUCCAUUGCCUCUAGUUUAAAUCAAACAUCCUGUUUAAAAAUAUAUUGUUGCUACAAUUCAAAUGAGACAAAAAAUGCAUCAUCAUCAUCAUCAUUCGUUUGUCGAAGUGACGCACCUACUAAUCAAAAUGAACAGAUUUGCAAACAAAUAAUGGAAAAUUGCCAAGAGCAAAAGUUAUGUUUAACAUCAAUGAAUUAUUUAUGUAAAAUUGAUGAAAUAUGCAAUGUAAAAAAGGAAGAACAAGAAAUAGUAGUAAAAAAUUGUAGUAUACCGAUCAUAGACAUGGCCCAUAAAAUAAAUAUAAUAUCGCUAAAACAGCCAGUGAUAAUAAAACCUAAUGGGAUUAAUAGUAAUACAACAGAAGCCGCUCGCAUCUCCUUAUUGCCAACAACUAUAUCAUCAUCGUCAUUAUUGACGACGUCAAUCACCACAACAACGAUGACGGCGACUUUAAUUAGUAAUACAAUUUAUGUUAAUAAAACUCUAUCGACGAUAAACUCAACAAUCAUUACUAUAAUUCAACAUCAUAAACCAUCGUAUGCCAAAUCAGAUGCAGAUGAAUUAUCAAAGAAUUUAUUUUAUAGAAAAGCGGUGAAUUUUUUUCAUUCCAUUCAUUCGAUUCAAGUUUUAUAUUUAUUUCUAUCAUUGUGUUUUUUUCUUCUUGGUAUAUUGUAUUCAAUUUUGGCUAUGCGUGGAACAGAUGCUGUAUCCGGCAUUUCACAACAACAACCAGCCUAUCGUCAAUCGCCUACAUCUAAUUUUUUCACCUCCUUUUUUGUUCGUCAAUCAUCACGACAACGGCAAAAUAUUUCGCCAUCAAACUCGCUCUUAUUUGCUGAUAAUUCAUCAUUAAAAUUUAUCUCAACAUUAAUUUUAUUCUAUUUUUUUUUAUCAUCUAUUGAACACUCAUCAAUUUAUCUCACAUAUCUAUUUGGUAUUCAAUUGAGUCAAACUCAAUUGUCUAGUUUACUUAUACAAUUUUCUUUUUUUAUUGGGUUAUUUUUAGGUAGACUUUUUGAUAUUUUUAUUGAGUAUGGUUGUUAUCUAUUUUACACUCGUGUCAUUACACGAGCAAAAAAACAGUCUAAUCAUUUUCAUUCUAUAUCACUGAAAUGUUGUAUACUCAUCUGUUUAUUUUUACUAUUCAUUGUAUCAAGUACUCUAACAUUUUCACAUCUAUUUAAACAAACAACAACAGACAAUGGUCUUCCAUCAAAACGAGUAUUAUAUCUAACAUUUUUUCUUAUCGGUUUUAUAAUUGCACUAUUAUCAAAUUUAAUAUUAACAUGGUUAGAACAAGAUUUAACAUUAAACGAUCGUUUAAUAAAAAUUAUUGUUUUAACAAUGACAACAAGUGAAAUAUUAUUUCCAUCAUUAAUUUACUACACAAUGAGAAAAUAUAUACUAUCGUUUAUAUUCUAUUUAUUUUUAUCAUCUCUUCUAUCGUUAGUCAUCUUUGUUUUUCUCUUAUAUUCAAGUAAAAAAUGGCAACGAAAACGAUUAUAUCGUAUUUUACCAACAUCAAUGGAUGUAGAAAUGAGAAAUGAUGGAAUAGACGAUGAAGAUGGAAAUGAUCUUGUUGGAACAGAAUCAUCAUCAGAUAAUGAACAACAACAGAUGAAAUACACACAAUCAUUAGAGCAAAAAACACAUAAAUUACAUUGA